AGGUGUCUGGGGCUCCCACCACUGCUCCUCAAGACCAGGCAGGGGGAGAGAAAGACUGGAGGCACCGACUGGUACUUUGCCAGUGGUCCACUCACUCAACUGCGUUAUCAGGUUCACAAAUGUUGCUUAAUUUGGAAGUCCCGGAAGCUUAGGGUUAUCUGCGCGAUUGACUGACAGGGAGGCUGGGUGAAGCGGCAGACAUAGGAACGAAUCAACCUGGGACAUUACAAAACCGAAAUAAAACACUACGCCAGGACUUGAUAGGGACCUAUCGAAGGUAAAUCUGUUGGUUAGUUUGUUUUCUAACGAUUUUUAUAUUUUUGACGAGAUGGGAAUGGGAGGCAGAGAGGUGGGGACUGGGGCGGCACGUUUGUAGAUGGCUCGCCUCACAGAAACGCGUGCGGUUAUACUAUUCGCUGUAUUGGCACGAGAAAGGAAGACACCGAUAGCCACAAAGGACCGUCGCCAUGGAAACGCUAGUGCAGCGGCUGGAGCAGGCCGUGAUUCGUGUGGAGCAGGUGUCCAUCAACAUGCAGGUGUCCAAUGGCAUGGCCAACGGGGAAUGUAACGGGAUCAAUGGAGGUCAGUCCCAGUGUAUGGAGGCCUUUGACCUGCUGCUGAUGGGGCCAUUGUCAGAGUACCUGAAGAAUAGCCGUGCCAUAGGAGAGGAUGUGGAGAAGCAUUCGGAGAUGGUGAACAAUGCUCUGCAGCUUCAGAGAAGCUUCCUCAAAAUGGCCACCACACACCAGGAGCCUGCUCAGAUGGAGCUGGCUGACCUGCUGAAGCCUAUCUCAGAGAAGAUCCAGGAGAUUCAGAACUUCCGGGAGCGUAACCGUGGCAGUAGCCAAUUCAACCACCUAUCAGCUGUCAGCGAGAGCAUCCCAGCGCUGGGCUGGGUUGCUGUGAGCCAGAAGCCAGUUCCCUAUGUGAAGGAGAUGAAUGAUGCUGCCAUUUUCUACACUAACAGAGUUCUGAAAGACUAUAAAGACUCAGACAAGCGUCAUGUGGAGUGGGUGAGGUCCUACCUAUCCAUCUGGACUGAGCUUCAGGCCUUCAUUAAACAGUAUCACACAACAGGCCUGGUCUGGAGCAAGACUGGUCCCAUUGCGCCUCCCUCUCUGUCCGCCCCUGCCCCUGGUGGUCCCUGCCCCCCUCCACCACCUCCACCCCCUGGACCCCCACCAGUCUUCACAGGCGAACCGCCCCAGGCUGACAGCACCACGGCCCAGCAUUCAGCUCUCUUCGCCCAGCUGAAUCAAGGAGAAGCCAUCACUAAAGGUAGCCAAGCCACCGUCACCCAGGGGUUGAAGAGCUCUGAUCCAACUGCAGAAGGGGGAGAGAGGGAGGGAGGGAAAAGAAGGAGGAGGAGAAACAGAAGAAGAAAGGGAGGGAGAGUUGAAGAGGGAGGAUGUGGGUUGAAUCAACAGUUACAGAGUCCUGAGAGCACCACUGCCCAGCACUCAGCCCUGUUCGCCCAGCUGAACCAGGGAGCUGACAUCACUAAAGCAUUAAAGCACAUCUCAAAGGACCAGAUGACCCAUAAGAACCCCGCCCUUCGCUCCCAGGGAGGAGAGCAUCAUGCCUCCCCAUCCAAGAGCCGAAACCCCGGAGGCUCCUCCAACAGAGCGGCUCCCCAGAAACGACCCCCCCUGCUGGAGCUGGAGGGGAAGAAAUGGAGGGUGGAGUACUUCGACCAAGCUCAUGACCUGGUUAUCGAGGAGCCAGAGCUGAGACAGGUGGCCUAUGUCUUCAGCUGCAGCAACUCUACUCUACAGAUAAAGGGAAAGAUCAACUCUAUCAUUGUGGAUAACUGUAAGAAGCUUGGUCUGGUGUUUGACAACGUUGUUGGCAUUGUGGAAGUCAUCAACUCUAAAGACAUUCAGUUGCAGGUGAUGGGUAGAGUUCCCACCAUCUCCAUCAACAAGACAGAGGGCUGCCAAGUCUACCUGAGUAAGGACGCUCUGGACUGUGAGAUUAUCAGCGCCAAGAGCUCUGAGAUGAACAUCCUGGUACCGCAGGACGACGACUAUAGGGAGUUCCCAGUUCCUGAGCAGUUCAAGACGGUUUGGGACGGGUCCAAACUGGUGACAGAACCCACAGAGAUCGCUGGCUGAUCGCUGAUACUUCAUCAUCCUCAUCUCUCUCACACCCCCACUUAUUCCUCUUCCUCUCCUCCCUUUUCCCUCUACGUCAAAGAUUUCAGAAACCCAUAUAGGCUGGCUAUUACAAGUAGUAAAAGGACAAACCAGACACUGUAACUGACUAGCUAGUAGUACUGUAGGUUGAUUGUAAGCCUGAUUGUAUCCAUUAAGAUGACUUGUUAUUGUUUUUUUCUCAGUACUUUGAAAUGGUAGAUUGUUAUGGAACUGUUUGUUCAGCUUAUUGGUCGCACAGCACUCUCCUCCACAAAACGACUGUACUAUCCACAGAAUUAUGGUAGGUCUACUAUUUAAACACGCAGGCAGUAUUUGUCAGGUUUCGUCAUGUGUAGAACUAGUUAAACUUGCAACUAGUUAAAAAGUUGCAUUCAAAUUUGGAAUAAAGAGGAAGUGUAGCCAUUAUGUUAAUCUGUUAAAUCUGCUGGUGCAAAAUAAGGUAUCUCUUAAACCAAGUAUCACACUUACAUGUGUGUGCCAUAGCAAUAAAAUCAUGUGUACAUAUGGGUACAAUAUAAUUACAUAUUUUCAAAUUAUAAUCAGAAAAUGCAACCCUGAUAAGAUACGUUAUGGAGGUGCAUUUUGAUUGGAGAGAACCUUCAGAUUCAGUCCUCCUUGGCAUUGUCAUGUUGUUUUGUGCACUGUUGUGGUGAUUUUAUUGGAUUGAGGCAGAAAGUAUUGAAAAAUGAGGUCAAGCGUUGACUUUUUAUUUGUAUGAGAAGUAGGAUGAAGAGAAUGUCCCACAGAUGGAAUUGAACAGCCAGUUGGAGUAUGUUCUACAGGAUGUCCUAGCAUACACUGUUUUGGUUUGCUGUAAUACUCUACUAUACUCAACUAUUCACAUCUAGCUGUUGAGUCAAUGGUUGUAUCAUGUUUAUAUUGCAUGAUAGAGUUGUAAAUGUAUUUUUUAUACAACACUGAACAAAAACAUAAAUGCAACAUGCAACAAUUUCAGUUCAUAUAAGGAAAUCAGUCAAUUGAAAUAAAUUCAUUAGGCCCUACCUACCUGACUGGGAAUACAGAUAUGCAUCUGUCACAGAUACCUUUAAAAAAAAAAGUAGGGGUGUG